AUGCAAAAGGCACAAGAAGUCCUGGCGAAAGCCACCGACGGCAAGAUUGGUCAUAAACUUCCCACGGCUAAGUUGGGUAGACACGGGCCUGAGGUGACGAGGUUAGGCUUUGGAGCAAUGGGCCUCAGCGCCUUCUACGGCACGCCCAAGCCCGAUCCCGAGCGUUUCGCCGUGCUGGACAAGGUCUACGAGGAGGGCGAGCUGUUUUGGGACACGGCUGAUGCCUACAUGGACAAUGAGGAUCUAAUUGGCCAAUGGUUCAAGAAGAACCCCGGCGCGCGCGAGAAGAUCUUCCUCGCCUCCAAAUUCGCCCUCACCAUCGACGCAGAUGGCAACCGCGGUCUCCGCAGCGACCCUGAGUACGUGCACGAGGCGUGUGCCAAAUCCCUCCGCCGCCUCGGUGUCGACCACAUCGACCUCUACUACUGCCAUCGUCUCGAUGGCAAGACGCCCGUGGAGAAGACGGUCGAGGCCAUGAAGCAGCUCAAGCACGAGGGCAAGAUCAAGCACAUUGGCUUGUCCGAGUGCAGCUCCGACUCUCUGCGCCGUGCUUCCAAGAUUGCACAUAUCGAUGCUAUCCAGAUCGAGUACUCUCCCUUCUCCCUCGACAUCGAGAGCGACCAGAUUGGCCUCUUGAAGACUGCCCGUGAGCUUGGCGUGGCCAUUGUUGCCUACUCACCCAUCGGCAGAGGAAUGUUGGGCGGAAACAUCAAGGGUCCCCAGGACUUCGAGGAGGGAGACUUCCGCAAGUUCGCCCCGCGCUUCAGCGAGGAGAACUUCCCCAAGAACCUCGCGCUCGUCGACAAGCUCAACGCCAUCGCCAAGAAGAAGAACGUGACAGCCAGCCAGCUGACCCUGGCCUGGGAGCUGGCCCAGGGCGACGACUUCUUCCCCAUCCCGGGCACGACCAAUGUCAACCGCGUCACGGAGAACAUCAACUCGCUGAAGAUCAAGCUCACCAAGGAGGAGGAGAGGGAGAUUCGCCAGGCGUGCGAGUCGGCGCAAGUCUCUGGACACAGAUACCCCGAGGCCUUCUCUGCCGGUCUGUUCGCCGACACCCCGCCUCUUUGA